AUGGGCCCCUGUACCGCCUCCUCAUGCUGCUGCCAGGCCCGUAAUCUGCCAUGGGCCCCCGUACCGCCUCCUCAUGCUGCUGCCAGGCCCGUAAUCUGCCAUGGGCCCCUGUACCGCCUCCUCAUGCUGCUGCCAGGUCCAGAGUGUGUCAUGGGUCCCUGUACGGCCUCCCAUUGCUGCUGUCUCCAUCGCCACACUCUGCCAUGUGCCACUUUCAGGUCUCCUCACACUGCUGGUGGGUUCCAUUUUUGUCAUAGGGUGCUGUAUGGCCUCCCAUUGCUGCUGCCUCCACCGCCACACUGUGGCUCCACACUCUGGUUUUGGCCCCGUGACUGCCCAAAUGAGUGAAGUGUGCGGUGAUUCUAAGAUCGAGUGUUCUGCACUAAUAU